UUGAGAAUAUGAAUGCCCUCUUGAACGCGAACCUUUCCCUCGUGGUCUCCCCGGCUCCCUCAUCAAGCUUCACCUUUCCAUCGCUAUGCCCCACACUCUUUACAUGGCUCACAUAAAGUUAUCCGCUCUGCUCGCUCUAUCACUCUCAUUGUUUGCUUGCACAGCACCUGCCCCUUUAAGUUCACCAACCCUGACCGGGACUGCACUCGGCCCUUCCCCGACUGUCCCCUACGCCAGCGACGACCCGAACGUCGAGGUCUUUCCGCAGAACGUACAUGAUCCUGGCUAUAUCCCCGAGCCGAUACGUGGAAAGCUUGGGUCGGAUAUCCUUGCCCAACAGAACGUUCCGCUCGAGCUGGAGAAUCCGACUUUGUUAGCACCGCCAACUACCGAUCACGGCUACGUGCCCAACGCACACUGGCCGUUCACUCUCAGCCACAAUCGUCUCCAAACUGGAGGCUGGGCUAGGCAGCAGAAUGUGAACGAUAUGCCUAUCGCCAAGAACUUAGCUGGGGUUGACAUGCGUCUUGAAGCCGGCGCAAUUCGCGAGCUUCAUUGGCAUUCAACAGCCGAGUGGGCAUACGUUCUUGCCGGAACGAUGCAGGUCACCACCGUCACGCCCGAGGGCCAGAACUACGUCGGCACUGUGCACCCGGGAGAUUUGUGGUAUUUUCCACCUGGUCAGCCCCACAGUCUCCAGGCGACAGCAGAUAACCCCCAGGGUGCAGAGUUCCUUCUUGUGUUUGAUAAUGGCACCUUCAACGAAGGCGCUACAUUCUUAUUGACCGACUGGCUUUCUCAUAUCCCGAAGGAAGUCAUUGCCAAGAAUUUCCAGACUAGCAUUUCCGCCUUCGAUCACAUUCCCGACCAAGAGUUGUACAUUUUUCCCAACAGCCCUCCGCCAGAUAAUCAACAGCCACCUGUUAGUCCCUUCGGCACGACUCCGGAGCCCUAUACCUACGAGUUCUCCAAGGUGCCAGCUACACAACUUGCUGGUGGGACGGUCAAGAUGGCAGACUCUACGACUUUUAAGGUCUCGAAAACGAUUGCGGUUGCCGAGUUCACGGUCGAGCCCGGUGCUAUGCGGGAACUCCAUUGGCAUCCUACGUUCGACGAGUGGACCUAUUUCCUCGAAGGUCAGGGUCGCAUGACCCUCUUCGCAGCCCAGAGCAAUGCUCGGACCUUUGACUACCAAGCUGGUGACAUCGGCUACGUUCCCGCGUCUUACGGUCACUACGUCGAGAAUACUGGCAAUACAACCCUCAAGUUCUUGGAGAUCUUCAAGACUGACCACUUCCAGGACGUCAGUCUGAGCCAGUGGUUAGCACUGACUCCCCCAGAGUUGGUGAAGGCGCAUCUGGGUAUCUCGGAUGAGACCAUUCAGCACUUCAGCAAGACCAAGCCGGGCGUUGUCGCUCCUUAUAUCCCAGCUCCGAACUGAGAUACCCUUGUAACAUGGCUGCGUGAGCACCCCACCACAUAACAGACCGUUAAACGCUUCCGAGUCCAUGAAUGACCGUACUAGCCAACGAAAGAUACACAUAUGUGCAAACUGUCUAAUGCAAGUGCAACACUCGCCAUGCCGUC